AUGGAGAAAGAGGCUCCCUUAACGGCAAUCCAGGUGGAAGCCCUGGUUGUUAUGAAAAUCAUCAAGCAUAGCUCCCAGAGUUUCCCUACCGUCGCCACCGGUUCCCUUGUUGGUCUGGAUGUCGCAGACACGCUGCAGGUCACAAACACCUUCCCAUUCCCAGUCGUGGAGAUGCCCCCGGAAUCCCAUUUCGACACCUCGACCCCAAAUGCUGCUGCUGCUGCCCCUCGUGCCAAGGCGAAUACUGUCUACCAGGCUGAGAUGAUUCGCAUGCUGCGUGAAGUGAACGUUGAUGCUCAGAAUGUCGGAUGGUACACUAGCGCAAACAUGGGCAACUUCAUUAACCUGACCGUCAUCGAGAACCAAUUUUUCUAUCAGAAGGAAUUGAAUGAGCGGACCAUCGCUCUUGUCCACGAUGUCAGCCGAAGCUCUCAGGGCAGCUUGAGCCUGCGCGCUUUCCGUCUCUCCUCCCAGUUUAUGAAUGCGUUCAAGGAGAACAAGUUCACUUCGGAGCAACUUCAAAAAUCUGGUCUCCGUUACCAAGAUAUCCUCGUUGAGCUGCCGGUCAAAAUCCACAACUCACACCUCCUCACAUCAUUCCUCCACCAGCUCCCAUCUCCUCUCCCAUCCGAGCCUCUCGACCUUCCUCCAUCUCUGUCAGCUCUUACAAAUGGUCUUACGGCGCAGUCAAAUGUGCUUGCUCCUAACUUUGACAACCUGUCGUUGAGCAUAGACCCCUUCUUGGAGAAGAACUGUGAUCUGCUUCUGGAUGCUAUUGAAACCCACCACUCUGAGAACAACAACUUCCAAUACUAUCAACGAUCGCUCGCCCGUGAACAACAGAAGAUUGCCGCCUGGCAAGCGAAGCGCAAGGCGGAGAACAUCAGCCGGGCUACGCUCAAGCAGCCUCUCCUUCCCGAAGAUGAGUGGCAACGCUUGUUCAAGCUUCCCCAGGAGCCUAGCCGGCUGGAAAGCAUGUUGAACACCCGGCAAGUAGAACAAUAUUCGCGCCAGAUUGAUGGAGUUUUCGAAGGGUAUUAUUUUAAAAAGAAAACGAAUGACUCCAAUCGUGAGCCCCUCGUCAAUCCAACUUUGACCCGUGCCGCCUUAUCUUAUCAGAUCGAUCUAUGGACCCGCUCGUGGAAUAGAGAUGAUCUCAUCGUCAACAAAUUUCGACUUUCAACAUUUGAACAACUUCAGAUUCUGGGCCUCGACUUCAUUUCUGAACCUUCAUCAAGACAUAUUUGGCUUGCAGGAGCAAUAGCCGCCUUCACAGUCGACUUCAUCGUUUACCCCCUCGACACCUUGAAGACACGUAUCCAAUCCCCAAGAUACCGAGAACUUUACAUAGAUACCGCUACGGGUGCAGCUCGGCGAGGAGUGCUCUAUCGUGGCUUGUAUCAAGGAAUAUGGAGUGUGGUCAUAGCAACAAUACCUUCAUCAGGAGCAUUCUUUACUACAUAUGAAGGAGUCAAAUACAUCCUAAACUCAAAUGCAAAACGAGUUCAUGAUGACUCUGAUGGUUCUAUUACUAAGGGCCCGUUUCCUUUCACUCUUCCAACACCAGUGAUUAAUGGACUUGCCUCUUCAGCAGCAGAGUGUGUCUCAUGCUUUAUUCUGACGCCAGCAGAGGUUCUUAAACAGAAUGCGCAAAUGGUCACUUCGCCUCACGACGGCAAACCUGCAAAUCGCAAAACUAAAUGGCUGCCUUCUUCUUCCUCUUCGUCUUCUACUACAUACAAAACAAAACCAACAAUGCAGGUCAUAUCAAUGCUCCGUGCUCAACCCACUCAGCUAUGGCGCGGAUACGGUGCUCUUGUCGCUCGAAAUCUACCAUUCACAGCCAUGCAAUUCCCUCUCUUUGAGCACCUACGAGAGCAAAUGUUUAUCAAAUGGCGGCAAAAGAAUCAGCAACGAAAUCUCUCGGGAAGACAGACAAUUACCGAAAGAGCAUCAAUUACUGCCUUAAGUGCAGGUAUGGCAGGCGGGAUUGCGGCUGCCAUUACUACUCCAAUUGAUGUUGUCAAGACGAGGAUUAUGCUGGCAGUCGGUGAGAACGAGAGAAGUUCUACUGCUGCUGCUGCACCAUCGUCAUCAUCGUCGUCUUGGAUGGAGAAUACGAAGACAAGCUCAUUUACUGUUGGGAGGGAAAUCUUUAGGAAAGAGGGGAUUCGCGGCCUUUUCACGGGAGGUACCUUGAGAGCUGGAUGGACAGCACUAGGAUUAGGGCUGUAUCUGAGUGCGUACGAGACUGGAAGAAUGUAUUUUGAGAAUAGGAGAGCAAGGAAAGAGGGCGAGUGA